AUGCCAUCUUUAUGGAUUUCAACUUUCCCUCUCUACAUCCUCCCCCUCUACCUACUAUGGAGAAAACUGCACCUCUGGCUCGCCAUGCGACAGGCCGGCUGUUCACCACCCAUCAGCUACAAACACACCGACCCCUUCCUCGGCACCGAUCUUCUAUCCAAAAAAAGCGCAGCCAGCCAGAACGGUGAUGCGCGAGCCAUAGACCAAUCCAUCUUCAAAACCUACGGAAAAACAGUCCGCACCACCCUGCUCGGUAAGAACUACUUCCUCACCAUGGAUUCCCAGAACAUGCAGACCAUCCUCGCACCCUCCGUCGAGAAAUUCGGCAACGAGCCGAUGAACCGCGAAGCGUGUAGACCGUUCUUAGGCGAUGGGAUCAUCACGACGGACGGCGCGCUGUGGAAGCGAUCGAGGCAGCUCAUCAUUCCGCUCUUCACGCGCGCGCAGAUCUCGGAGUUAUCCACUUUUAGCGGUCAUGUGGAGAGGAUGCUGGAGAGGGUUCCGUGUGAUGGGGAGGUGGUGGAUAUGCAGCCCUUGCUGAAGAUGCUUUUUCUUGAUAGCUCGACGGAGUUUAUCUUUGGUCGGUCGGCGAAUGCUCUUAAGACUGAUUCGCAGGCUGAGGGGUCGGUGGCUGAACGGCUUCCUGUGGCUUUUGAUGAUGCGUUGAGUGGGAUGAGGAAACGGUUUAUGCUUCCGAGGGUUGUUCUGUGGAUCAUGCCGAGGGAUAGGAAGUGGUUGGAGAAGUGCGCUGAAGUGCAUGCGAUUAUUGAUGGGUUUAUUGAGGAGGAGAUGGAGCUUCAGAAACGGGAAAAAGUAGCUUCUGAGUCGUCGACUCCAUAUCGCUAUGUGCUUCUGAGAGAGCUCGUGAAAAUAACAGAUGAUAAAUUAUUCAUCCGAAACGAACUUCUGAAUAUAUUUUUUCCUGCGAGGGAUACAGCUGGAGUAUUGACAGGAAAUGUCAUCUUCCUCCUCGCAAGACAUCCCCACGUAUGGAAGAAACUACGCACUGAAGUUUUAGAAAUCGGCCAGAAAAGCCUUUCCUUCGAGCUUCUGAAAUCAAUGAAAUACCUACACGCAGUAAUCAACGAAAGUACGUCCCCAAACCCAACUCUAGCAGCCAUAAUCUGACAUCUAUCUAGCCCUCCGCAUCCUAGCUCCCGUAGACGGAAGUUGGAAAACCUGUCUAGCACCCUGCGUCCUCCCACAGGGCGGCGGUCCAAAGGGAGAUAAACCCAUCCUCUUACAGUCCGGUGAUCAAGUCGAGCUUGUCUUCGGCGCCAUGCAUAAAGAUCCCAUGAUCUGGGGCGAAGACGCAGAAGAUUUUGUGCCAGAGCGGUGGGAAGGUCGGAAGCAGAAUUGGGAGUAUAUCCCGUUCAUGGGUGGCAGACGGAUUUGUCCGGCGCAGCAGAAUGUGCUUACGGAUGUGGCGUUUGUGCUGGUGAGGCUCUUGCAGAAGUUUGAAGGGUGUGAGAAUAGGGAUGAGUGUGUGGAGCAUGUUGAUGCGCAGGUUUUUACGAAGGAGAGUAGGAAUGGGGUUAAGGUUGCGUUUACGCUUGCGUAG